AUGGCGGACGUAGAGAUGAAAGAUGCCUCCUCUGGGGUGUCGAGCAAAGAGAAGGCACCCAAGGCAGCGAAGUCUGGAGCUUCCGAAGGCACUGAGGGGAAAAAGCGUUUCGAGGUCAAGAAAUGGAACGCUGUCGCAUUGUGGGCGUGGGAUAUCGUCGUUGACAACUGUGCCAUCUGCCGCAACCACAUCAUGGAUCUCUGCAUCGAAUGUCAAGCGAAUCAGGGCUCGUCUACUACAGAGGAAUGCACCGUUGCUUGGGGUAUUUGCAACAUGUUGGUUGUCGGGAGGUUGCAAGACAAAAAUGCUGGCCGCUAUGUGCAGCAAAAUGACAGACAGCAUGAACUCGGGGAUCCAGUUCACGCAUACUUUUACACCCAUGAUGAGAUGACUUCGGGGGACUUCAAGUGA